CUUUCCUCGCCUCCCUCCCUCCCUCCCCCGCCGCUCGCAUUUCCUCCCUGCACCUUUAAGAAGCACAUUGCCCGCCGCUGGGAUGGGGUGUGCUAAAGCUGCACAGAGGAAGUUACGCAGCCCGGAUCAGGCACGGGGAUAAAAGCUCCGCUGGGGAUUCAAACGGGACCGCAGCCUCGGCGCUAACUUGAGAAGGGAGCCGGGCAUCGAGCACGGCUCCGGCUGUCCUCCGGGGGGGUCUCCCCGGCCCCGAAGUUGGCGGCUCCGCCGGGAGUCCCCCCCCCCCCCCGCCGCAGAGCACCCCCCCCGGUGCAGCCUGCUAAUGAACUCUCCCUUUGCCCUGAUCAUGCAAGAGGAACAAGACCUCAGGUAGCAGCAUGACUUGGAGCUGAAGGCUUGGGACCUCGAUGCUCUGUUGCCAAAAGGAACAGUCAGACAAACCUCCGUACGCCAGCGCCUCACCAGAGCUGCAAGGAGCAGAGGGAGAAGCAGCGAGGCCGUCGCUGCUCCCACCAAUGUGCUGAGCACCCAGCAGCCUGCUCAGACCCCUGCAGAUGCCACCCCCUGACACAGUAACGCUGAUGCCAUCACCUUCUGGGAGAAGGGGAGGCUAGCCCCAUAGAGCCCCUCCUGCCAGAGCCGCACUGACGACCAGAUGCUGUAGUUAUCUCACAUACUAAUGUUCAAAAGCCCCAAUAAUUAUUUCAAGCAGACCCCGGGUUAAGGCACUUUACCCAACGACGCAUCUGCAGCAGACAAGAAGGUGGAGGAAAACCUGAUCCAGCACCAUCUCGCAGCCUCUCCAAUUUACUGCUAUCAAAUUUCAUCAGCAACUCAGAACUUGAUCUUUCUAUUGAUUGACUGGAGUCACCUCUAGAUAUUUUCAUGCUGAUUUGGAAGCCCUUUCAUACAAUAAAAGCAGAAAAAAUGAGGUUAAGGAAGACUUUUGACCACUGAACAGCAAUUCCAGCCAAAACUUUCCGAAUCAAGUAAUUUGCAAAGUUGGCUUCUGCGCCGAGAGAAGCUCUCUGUGUCUGAACACGGCAUACAAAGUGGGAUCAUUCCUGUCCUCGCCUUGAUCUCCUUGGACUGGAUCAUCUUUAGAUGAGGAGUUUCCAUGCUGAUCCUGAGAGCAACCCCUAGCCCAGUAGCUGCCUUCCUCAGGACUCUUGGCACUGCCCUUGCCCUGGGAUCCCGCACUCGGCCGCAGCUGCCAUGCUGUACUUGCUUGCUCUCCUUCUGCACCGUCUCCCCUUGGCCAUGGGACAGUAUGACAUUUGCAAGUCCUGGGUGACCACAGACGAUGGCCCGUCAUGGGAGUUUUAUGCUUGUCAGCCCAAGGCCAUGCGGAUGAAGGAUUAUGUGACAGUGAGAGUGGAUCCGGCAGGAAUCACCUGUGGGGACCCUCCGGAGCGGUUCUGCACCCAUGAGAAUCCGUACCUGUGCAGCGACGAGUGCGAUGCCUCCAACCCUGACCUGGCCCACCCGCCCAAGCUCAUGUUUGACAGCGAGGACGAAGGGCUGGCCACGUACUGGCAGAGCGUGACGUGGCGCCGGUACCCGGAGCCACUGCUGGCCAACAUCACGCUGUCCUGGAACAAGAGCAUCGAGCUGACGGACGACAUCGUGAUAACCUUCGAGUACGGCCGGCCCACCAUCAUGAUGCUGGAGAAGUCGCUGGACAACGGGAGGACUUGGCACCCGUACCAGUAUUAUGCAGAUGACUGCAUGGAGGCCUUCAGCAUGCCAGCACGGAGGGUCCGGGACCUCUCCACCACCAGUGCCAACAGGGUCCUCUGCACAGAGGAGUAUUCCCGCUGGGUGGGAUCCAAAAAGGAGAAGACUGUCCGGUUCGAGGUACGGGACCGCUUUGCCAUCUUUGCUGGCCCUGACCUCAAGAACAUGGACAACUUGUACACCCGGCUGGAGAGCGCCAAAGGGCUCAAGGACUUCUUCACCGUGACUGACCUGAGGAUGAGGCUGCUGAGGCCAGCCCUGGGGGGCACCUACGUGCAGAGAGAGAACCUGUAUAAGUACUUCUACGCCGUCUCCAACAUUGAAGUCACUGGCAGGUGUAAAUGCAACCUCCAUGCUAAUCUGUGCACCUUCAAAGAGGGCAGCCUUCAGUGCGAGUGUGAGCACAACACCACGGGGCAGGACUGCGGCAAGUGCAAGAAGAACUUUCGCUCCAGGUCUUGGCGAGCAGGAUCCUACCUGCCUCUCCCCAACGGGUCCCCCAACGCAUGUGCAGCUGCAGGCUCAGCCUUUGGCACAUUUGAGCGACCGCAGCGGGUUACCACUGCAAAAACGACCACUGCAAAAACCACCACCACCCCCACCAGCACCACCAGCACCACCACCAUCACCAGUACCCCCCUACCUGCCACCACCACCACCCAGCCAGCAAGCAUCAUCAGACCAGCCUCUGAGCUCGCUGCCUCUGUGCCCGUCAAAGAGAGACGGAAAAAAACAGCUGUUCAGCGCCCAACAAAUGCAGCAGCCCUCGGACCUAAGCUGAAGCCACCAGAGCCUCCCAAGAACAUUCGAGUGGCCCCGAAGAGCAAAGCAGGGCGCACAGCACACUCCGCAGGCAAGAAGCACAAGAAGAAGCCAGCAUCCUCAAACAUCUCCAAACUCAUCCGGCUCAAACCAGACUCUGGCCCAGUGGCUCCUAUCGAAACAUAUAAAGACUGCGAGUGCUACGGCCACUCCAACCGCUGCAGCUACAUCGACUUCCUCAACGUGGUGACCUGCGUGAGCUGCAAGCACAACACGCGGGGCCAGCACUGCCAGCACUGCCGCCUGGGCUUCUACCGCAACAGCUCGGCGGAGCUGGACGACGAGAAUGUAUGCAUAGAAUGUAACUGCAACCAGAUCGGCUCCCUGCACGACCGCUGCAACGAGACCGGCUACUGUGAAUGCAAAGAAGGUGCCACGGGGCCCAAGUGCGACGACUGCCUGCCCAACUACUACUGGAGGCAGGGCUGCUUCCCCAACGUCUGUGAUGAGGAGCUUCUGCUCUGCCAGAAUGGUGGCACCUGCUACCAGAACCAGCGCUGCAUCUGCCCCGUGGGCUUCAAGGGGGUCCUGUGCCAGCAAUCACGGUGUGAAGCCGACAAAAAGGACUGCGACGGUGCCCCCAGCGUGCACGCCGGCCUCGGCACCGUCCUCCUUGGUGUGCUCGCCCUCCAGCUGUGUGGCUUCGUGGACCUCUGAGGCCUGGGAGGAGGGAGCCCAGCCAAGGCACAUCACCCGAGGGACCUGGGGAGCCCGAGGUAAUGGGUGGCUCUCCCCACCGGCUCCUCCGCCUUCCUUCACGCUAGGACUUGCACAACGUCUUUCGGUCCACUUUCCAAGCAGAGAGGUACGCAGAAAACCAGGGGCCGACUCCUGCCCACGAAACCAUCCCGGCUGUGGCCGGGGCGGCCGCAGCACCACACCGGCUGCUGAGCAGCAGCGAGGGGACUGCACCAGUGCACACCAGUGCACACCAGUGCCGCGGCCCCGCAGGGACCCGUGGCCCAUCCUUCCUCCUGCGCAGCGAUGCUCCUUCCCUGCUCUGCACAGGGCAACUGGGGGCCGCCAGGGCCCUGGUGAAACAGUGCCGCGAUCCGAGGGAUAUUUUUUUUACGAUUAAUUUAUUUACUUUGGUAUAGGCUGGGGUGUUCUUUUUGUUCCUUUUUUUUUAAACCCCUCUCUUAGUGUCCCAUUUUGAAAGAACCUGUCAUGGUACCGCCAGAGCCCCACCACACUACAGGGAGGGAGGGCAGAGGGGGCUCUGGUCCAUCCUUGCUGCAUAGUCUCACAUCCCACUGGCGGCUGGGCCAUCCACGUGCUGUUGCCUACAGCUCCAGUUGCUGCAUUGAUUUUGUAUUUCAUUGACGGGUUUUGUUUUCUUGCACUUAAGGAGAACAUAGGGGGCCAUCAGGCAUAUGGUAUGUGAGGAAUGCAGUGUCUUAUCCACACAUUUCCGCCGUAUAGUGUACGGUUUAAAUACUUUUUUUUUUUUUUUGGUAGAGACUUAUUUUUCUUUGGAUUAAAUGUUAUAAAAAAAACACAACUUAAAGGGAUGUUUUGCCAUGAGCAUUUGAUGAUGGUGUACUCUCCUACAGUAAAGCAACUAUCAACUGCUGCUCGAUCACCCCGUUUUCCUUUUUGUGUGCACAGUUAAUUACAGGUAAAGACUUAUUUUUUGAUUCAUAAUGUCCUCUUGUGUUUUCUGAGCCACUACCAAGGUGCAGCACAUGGCGAGGGAGAAGGGAGGGAGAGAGGGGUUGCUCCAUCACUGAGAGCCAUUAAUUAUUUCUCCUAAUUACUUUGCUGAACUUAGGUUACACUACUAUCUGUAGACAAUGAACAAAGCCUGAAUGAUAUAUUAACCGCCGGUCUUGUGCUGAAAUGCCAUUUCCAAAUGAGCCUGCAGCAGAAGGUUGGAGAGGCUGGGGAUAUUUCUCUGGGGGGGGAUCUCAGCUGUCCAACCCCGCUGCAUCACCCCACAGAGCAGGUGCUGUGGUGCAGAAAAAGCUGUUUAUUUCAAUAUCUUCAAGCAGCCAUAGCCAGGGACUUCAGUGUAGAACUCAUAGAGAAUCAGCUCAUUUAAGGCGCGUAAACGUGCUGCUACCAGAGGAAGUGUAUGCAGUCAAGCAUGUAAAAGAAGGCAGGAGAAACCUGAGACAAGAAAUAAGGGAACUCGGUCAGAACAACAGGAGCAUCAUCAACACAAGAAAUUUAAUUUUGUCAUAGCCAAAGCCUUACCAAGCCAGGAGCUGGUUGCACCAGCAGGAUGCGGCCCUCCUGCCCUCUGAGCCAGCCCAGGAGCCCCACGCGACCCUUGCUGGAGCCCCCCUGGCAUUUCCAGGUCUGGUGUCCUUGCCUGAGUGCUGCUCCAAGAAGUUAUCUCAAUCUGUCUGUUCUGUCUCAGCACGCUCUGUUGUCCUGUCCCUACAGCUCACACUCAUCACUUGCGGCUGGCACUGGGAACGGACCAAGUUUUGAAAGGCCAGGAGGCUGUGGCAUUGUCCAGCAGAAACUGCACCCAGCCAGCACCCCCAGCGUGCAGCCACCUCCGCCAAGAGGGAGGCGGUGAACUCUUCUUACAAGAAGCAGAAGAAAACUGGAGUGAAGGCACAAGACAGAUACUGGCACAUCAAAGAGCAACAUGAAGAAAUGUGGGGCCUAUUUUGAGUGGCCAGGACAUGUUUAACAUCACAGGGGAAGGUCACGGGGCUUAAUUAAUCCACCACAAAAGAAGUGAGGGUUAAACUCACCCUCACUCACAGAUUUGAUUUCUGAGGGAGUGGGCUGACACAAGCAUUUCCUCCCUUUAAUGCAGUCAUUUGCUGUCUGUUGCUAUUGACACUUGCUCUUUCUUUGUACUUUCUUACUGAGAUAUAUUUAAAAUCCUCAUAUGCUACCGUUCGUACAAGUAGUAACACAGAACAGACUGUAACAAGAUCAAGAUCUCUAAUGGCACUUCUGGAAGGUGAAGCACACAUUCUCCUCUCCCUGCACUAGUGUUUUUCUCUAGCAAAUUAGAUUAAGCAACAGAAAAUUUACUACUUCAUAAAGCUAUAUCCCAGACAAGCUCUGCAGCCAGCAGCUUCCCUGCAAUUGCACACUUUUAUUGAGAUGCAAGCAGGAACGUGUCAAGGAGCAACAGCACCUAAUUCCUGUAGAAAAUAACCACGGGAGAGCACAACAAAGCUCAGAACAGCCCAAGAGAGAUGGCUGUAGGCGAUAUACCACUACACUAGCCCUUGGGGAUUUUCCUUUGGUUGAUCGGGUGUUGUUUGGUUGCGUUUGGGGUUUUCUUUUCUUUUACGAUAAAAUGUCUCUGGCUUCCUAACCAAGUCGCAAAGUUGGUGCUACCUUCCUGUGAAGCCCAAGUACCUCUAAUGUUCAGUCCUGGACCUCUUUAACCAAAGCCUGCUGAAUAGUUUAGUAACUGCAAGCAGACAUGGACAGCUGUGGUGCUAAUCCUCCUGCAGUUCUGCCAGAGGACACUUGAAAAACGUUCAGGAAAGAAGAGAAACCAAACACAAGCCCACCCUCCAUCCUACCCAUACCAUCCUUAGGCUCUUGCUACUGGUGCAGAAGCACAGAGCUCAGAAAUAGAAAUUGCAAAGGACAAACGCUCCAGACUUCAUCUCCCAGAGGAAAUUAAGUGGCAUGCAGCCUGUGAGCAGGAGCAGAGGCAGAGGAGCGAGUUCUAGCCUGGGCAGUCAACCUCCUGAUCUCCUCUCCCAGCUGCUGCAUGGGGCUACCCCUGCUUGCUGUGCGUCAGGAUGCUGCGUUGCCUGCCCACAUGUGCUAAACAACUUAAAACUCCCAACAGAAAUCACUACAAGACAGGAAAAGAUAAUCUCACACCAGACUUAUGCCUGGUAUUUAAGAAAAUAAAGCGACAGAAAGCUUCCGCACUGAAAACCCCUUAGCUGCAGCCAUCAGUUGGCAGAGAGGUGUGCACAGAGAAUGGAGCGUUAUUGAAAUCAGACGGAGAGAAACCAGCACAGCAAGUACCUGCGGAGCCUGAAGUUCUUUAAGAGACAUUUGUGCAUUAAUGGGGAAGUUGUCCUAAACGGGACAAGCUGUCCAACAAGCUUGCUACUUCACUAGUGGAAGGUUAACCAACGGGUACUUCUCUUUCCGAGAAAAGCCACUUGCGCUCUUUCAAGAGGUUUUCAUGUGUAUCCUGUCGCCCGCGUGCAGCCGGCAUUUGAUUCCUUUGAAAAAGUUUUUAAAUUACACUUCUGUCUGCAAAAAGGUGACCUCUUCAAGCUGUACAAGAAGAGCUUUUGAUUUUUCUUGUUUACCUCAAACUCUUCUCUCAUUUUAACUCUUUGGAGUACCGACAAAUCUAGGUGUUCCAAAGCAAAAUUGCCUGGUGAGAGGGAUCACAGUGGCCAGGCUGGGUCCACAGCCCCAGCUGUGGAGAAGUCAACAGCAGCCUGGCUUUAUGCACGUUUACUCACUCAUCUGAUGAAGUGUGAAGCCUAUAGAGGCACCGUGAGCUGCAGACAGAAGAAGGGGGGGGGAAUAAAAUGUCUGCUGGAACUUACCAGGUACGGUGGUGGUUUGGUUGGUUUUGUUUGUGCUGAAGAUGUGGAAGCAGAUGUCUUAUCUGUACGAGGGUUGUAGGCCUUGUGCAGGCUAGAGUAGCAAAAGCAGCGCGCUGUUAGUGGUGAUGGAGUUACUGGUCUCACCAACCACUUUUAUUCUAUAAUUGGCUUCUAUGAAGAGCCUCAAAAGUAAAUAAAGUAUAAAGAGUGUUAUUGGCAGAAGUAACAGCAGAUCUGGAGUCUGAAGAGCUUUCCAUCAUCACCAUCUCAGCCCUUCUGGCAGGGAUGUGGUGUUUGGCCACUGUCAUGCAGAAACUGGCUAAAAAUUGCACGGUGAUUUGAGAUGCAGAAAUGAGCUUCAGACUGUCCUAAAGGCUCCUUUUAUCAUUUUGAUUCUUGAGGUGUCAUAACAAGCAUCACUGCAGGCUGAAUCGUGUGAGGAAAGCCUAAGAAUAGCCAUUUUUUCCCCAGUGCUAUGUUUUCUUCUGGCCAGCAGCACUACAAAGCUCCAAAAGCUCCAUCCCAACCCUGCUCUGUGCUAUUCCAGGGAUUACAGAGAAGGGAAACCUCCUUUGUAGCAAAGCAAGAUCUGGCUUGAUAAAACAGUGCAAGCAAGACAAAAAAGGACAGUUGCGUCAGUGUAGCCUGUCAGGGCAACAAAACAAGUUUUCUACUUUUUCCACAGUAUCGAAUGUACUCAAGCUACCUUUGUUUUCAUUCCUAACACUGUUUACCUGGGAGUUAGUCGCAAAUUAGUCGAGGCCUUAGCAGACAGGUACGUAUGGCUGGAAGGUCUCGUGUCAGCAAUAUUCAAUGUACAAGACUGCUUAGCUUACAUUUAUUUGUAUUAAAGAAUAACGCAUUGGGCUCCUUUCCAAGCAUCUUAAAGACAAGAAAGGAGACCUAAUAUACGACUUGGGAACGGACCUGUUGUGGCAAGAGACUGUAUUAUAUUGUUAACAUUAUAAAUUCCAUUUACAAUACAGCAGCCAUUUCAUCCAUCAUUUAUUCAUGUAGACUAGAGGGAACAUCUCGCGUUUCUAGGACCACAGCUCUGCUUAUCCUUGGUGUUGUCACAGGCUGUGAAUAAAGAGCCCACCUCCAGUCACUGGCUGUUCCAGUCUCUCCUAUCUACAUGGAAAAGUAAACCGUGACAUCUCACCACACUUCAGUAACU